GACCCCCUGGCAAGUUAUGACUUCAACAGCAACGACCCCGACCCCCAGCCCAGGUACACCGCCGGGGACGAGAACUGGCACGGGACACGCUGCGCCUGCGCAGGAGAAGUGGCAGCUGCAGCCAACAACCGAAUCUGCGGAGCAGGCGUUGCGUACAACGCCAAAGUCGGAGGUGUGCGGAUGCUGGAUGGUCCCAUCACGGACCUGGUGGAGGCUCAGGCCCUCAGCCUGCAUCCCCAGCACAUCCACAUCCCAGCACUGACCUGGCGCGACCUGCAGCAUCUCGUCAUCAGGAGCUCCAAGCCCGCUCACCUGCAGGCCGAAGACUGGGCUGUGAACGGGGUGGGACGCCAGGGUGAGCUCAGGGGACCCCACCACUGCGGCUACGGGCUCCUGGACGCCGGUCUGCUGGUGGAGAUGGCCAAGGCGUGGGCAGGAACUCGGCCUCAGCGGAGCUGUUCGGUCAAGGCUCUUCACAGCCCCCGGAACAUCGGCUCCAAGCUCACUGUCUCUGCAGACAUCUCCUUCUCCUCGGGGAGGACCAAGCGCAUCCUCUCGCUGGAGCACGUCCAGGUCCAGCUCUCUUUGAGCUACAGCCGCAGAGGGGACCUGGCGAUCGCUCUGACCAGCCCGAUGGGGACCACGUCCACGCUGGUGACCGUGCGCCCCUACGACACCAGCCAGGAGGGCUACAAGGACUGGACCUUCAUGUCCACGCACUUCUGGGACGAGAACCCCAACGGGACCUGGACGCUCCAGCUAGAGAACAAGGGUGAUGCCUGCAACACAGGUCUGCUGACCAGCUUCAUCCUGCACCUUCACGGCACGGACGAGGACAUGACGGCCAGGCGCUUCGCAGGCUCUGCCGUGGAUGAAUGCAUCAGGCGGGAUGCACAGGGAGCGUGCCAGGAGUGCGGCAGCUCUCUAUCCCCCGCCACCAACGCGACCCACGUCUGGGCCAGCUGCCACCCCUCCUGCUACACGUGCCAGGGCGCUUCGGCCAACAACUGCACGUCUUGUCCCUCCACCCACACCUUCCAUGAGCGCUCCCACUCCUGCUCCCCUCCGCAGGGCUCCCCCACCCAGGAGCAGCGGCAGAGUGACUUUCUCCCCGUCCUCAUCUGCAGCAGCCUGAUCCUCUCAGCCAUCCUCUGUGUCACAUACCGUGUGGCCUUCUGCAUCGUUGCCAGGGGCUCCCCCACCCAGGAGCAGCGGCAGAGUGACUUUCUCCCCGUCCUCAUCUGCAGCAGCCUGAUCCUCUCAGCCAUCCUCUGUGUCACAUACCGUGUGGCCUUCUGCAUC